AUGCCCGAGAAGUCCCAAGAAGAGGCUCCCAAGGUUCCUCUUCUGUGGAUGGUCCCCACCCCCAUCUCCUCCAGAAGCUUCCUGUUGGAGCUUCCUUCCAGGCUAGACAGGCAGGCCCAGAAGCCAGAUAGUCCAGGAACAGGCCCAGCGCCGGGGACCCCGGAGAUGCUGCGGCUGCUUCUGCCCUUGCUGUGGGCAGGGUCCCUUGGGAAGGAUCCAGGAGGGUACAAACUUCAAGUGCCAGAAUCGGUGACGGUGCAGGAGAACCUGUGUGUCCACGUGCCCUGCACCGUGACCUACCCCCGGGUCGGCGGGAACGACUCGACCCCUCUUUAUGGCUACUGGUUCCUGAAAAAGAAUAAUCUCACAGAACUCCUGGCCACAAACAAGAAAAUCAAGAAAGUGAAAAAGAAGGCCAGAUUUUCAUUCUACUUCUCUGGGGGCCCCGGGGACAACAACUGCUCCCUGAGUAUCACAAACGCCCAGAGGAGCCACCGAGGAAAGUAUUACUUCCAACUGGAGAGAGGUCUUGUGAACCGCAGUUACCCAAGUAACCUCGUCACGGUGGACGUGACAGAGCUGACACAGAUCCCCGACAUCCGCGUCAAGGAGCCCCUGGAGUCGGGCUGCCCUGCCUACCUGACGUGCUCCAUGCCCGGGGCCUGCGAGCCCCUCACCAUCACCUGGACUGGGGCUGUCCUCAGACCCCUGGGGCGGGACCAGGCGGCCUAUAACUCCUCGGAGAUCCUGCUCACCCCUCACCCGCAGGACCACGGCACCAACCUCACCUGUCGGGUCACCUUUCCCAGGACUAGUGUGAGCAGGGAGAGGACCCUCACACUCAACGUGUCCUACGCUCCACGGAACCUGACCAUCAGCGUCUUCCGAGGAAGCCCCAGAGAACUGGAACACGUGGGGAACGGCUCAUCUCUUCCGGUCCGGGAGGGAGACUCGCUGCGCCUGCUCUGCGUCGCGGACAGCAACCCUCCCGCCACACUGAGCUGGGCCCGGGGCAGCCGGACCCUGAGCCCCUCCCAGCCCUGGAACCCGGGGGUCCUGCAGCUGUCCCGGGUGGAGUCGGGGCACGAAGGCGAAUUCUCCUGCCGAGCUCAGCACCCGCUGGGCUCCCUCCAAGUCUCCCUGCAUCUCUCGGUGCACUACCCCCCACGGCUGCUCGGACACUCCUGCGCCUGGGAAGACGAAGGUCUGCGCUGCAGCUGCUCCUCCCGAGCCGAGCCGGCCCCCUCGCUGCGCUGGCGGCUGGGGGAGGGGCUGUUGGAGGGGAACCCCAGCACCGCCUCCUACACCAUCACUUCCAGCUCCGCGGGGCCCUGGGCCAACAGCUCCCUGAGCCUCCGCGCGGGGCUCAGCGCCGGCCUCAGGCUCAGCUGCGAGGCUGAGAAUGUCCACGGGGCCCAGAGCGCCAGCGUCCUGCUGCUGCUGCUGCCAGGGAAGCCCGAGCUGGGGAAACCAUUCCUCCUGGGGGCUGCCGGGGGAGCCGGCGUCGCUGGCCUGCUCAGUCUCUGCCUCUGUUUCAUCUUCUUCAAAGUGAAGACCCGCAGGAAGGACAUGCCUGAGGCUGCAGCUGGUGGGACGGAUGCCCCCUCCCUGCGGGGUCCCACCUCCCCGGGUUACCAGCAUAAGUGCCCACCAGGCAUCCGCAGGGACCACUCGGCCCCGGCAGCGGCCACGCCCACCUCGGGGGAGGAGCACGAGCUCCAUUACGCCUCGCUCAGCUUCCAAGGGCUGAGGCCCUGGGAGCGUCCGGACGAGGAGGCCACCAGCAGCACCGAGUAUGCCGAGAUCAAGAUCUGCGAAUAAGGACCCCCAGCUCCGGCGACCUGUGGCUGGAAGACCCAGGGCUUCUCCGGGAAGGGAGACAUCAGGGGCAAUUACUGAGAACGAGCUAACGACAACUGUGCGGGUGUCCCAGUGGUGUGGUGAUGGGCGGAACUGGGCUCGAAUUUCAGCCCCAUCACCAAUCAGGAGCACGAAUUCGAGCACGUCACUGUUACUUCUCAGUGUCCCCUCUGUAACGUGGACACGAGAAACCUAACCCGUAGGGCUGUGGUGGGGCGUCGACGCAACAAUGAACAGUAAAGCGCUGGACAGGUGCGCGUGCGCAGAGGUCCCCGCGCCUCAGGUCACGCGUUUUCUCAGGGCAGCCCGCCUGGAAUUAGGGUCCCGGCAUCCUGAUGGGGACCACUCUGCAGAGCUGUUUCAGCUCCAGGGCUCCCUGAAGGCCUGGGCAAGGCUGUCGCUGGGCGGCAAUGCAGCUCCGCCCCACCUGCCUGUGACCCCUCCCCUCCAUAGGGACCGCCUCCGGGGCAUGGCCGCUGCGCACUGGUCUCUCAGAGCGAGCUUCCUAGAAGCCCCAUUUGUUUUUUGUACCACACACACAAAAAAUCAUUCACUGAUGACCUGAACUAAGUGAUAGCUUAUCUAAUCACACACCUCUUUCUUUCAUUCUAUGCCCCUGACACUUUGGUUCUCCUUAACCAUUUCUUUUUGCAGAGGUUGCUUAUAAAAUUCCUUGCCGUUACAGCCUAUGUCCCAUUUACUUUGGAAUUUGUUUUCACAGUGGUCACAUCCAACUUAUUUUGUUUGCUUUUGCAUUGAUUGCCCAUUGAGUUUCCCCCGCAGUUUGCAUUAAUAGGAAAACAUGAGCGUGCUGAGCCAACACAGUAAACAGGCUUUGGCAUAAAGUGAACACCUUUGUGCCCUGGAUUGAGGCAGGAGCCAGCACAGAAAGAACUCUGAGACUGCAAUACUGUCACUGGCCAGCAUCUAGCACCCUGGUUGCCAGGAAAUGCCUUUUACCAGUUAGGUGGAAUAAAUAAUAAACCGAGGCAGGGAGGAGGAAGGAGACAAGUCUCACAAGCUAACUCGGGCAGGCCUGAGCCUGGUCUGAUAAUAUUGCCAGGUGUUCUAACAUCACAAGAGACACUAUAUUAGCAAGAAAGGAGGGAAGUCCUUGAAAGUCUAUGUAACAUUUCCACAGUCUGGGAAAGAAAGCUUUGAAACUGUGCUUUCAUCCCAAUGCCUGAAUGUGGGAGAGGGUCCCCGGUGCCCAUAGAAAGAACCCAUAAAAUAACUUUGGUUAAUUGCCUAUCUCUGGUCACUAUCUGUUUUACCAGGGAGUCUCUGAUGCUUACAGAAAGAGCCCAUAAACAACUUUGGAAAGUGCCCCAAUUUUAAUUAACUGCCUUCUGUCAUGUAUUUGUUUUAAAACAAGGUGAACAAAUGGGGCCUGGAGCAAGAUAAGGAUUUGGGGUAACAGACCCCUGCACAUACCUGAGUUUGGGUAGUCACAUCCCCUCAGCAAAGCUGGCACCACAUUUACCCAUUAAUCAAUAUGUAACUUUUUUUCCAUCCUAUCCCACCAACUAUAUAAGUCCUCAGUACAAAGGACUCU